GAAUCGCUGCUGUGAGCGACAGAGAACGCGCAGGACAAACACGCACAUUCGCAGCAGUUUACUUCAGCGUGACUCGUAAAUCUCCGUACGCAGCGCGAGUUUAUGAAUGAAAAACUUCCCAAACAGCAAAGACUUGGAAGUUUUCUCACGGUCCCUCUACGCACCUGGACCAAAACCUUUUGUUUGGUUCAACUAGUUUAAACGUGACUCGGUUUUCCUUCGCUACUUUUUGCAAAAAAACAGGCGCGCUGCACAAGAGAAAUCUGGCUGAGUGGCUUGUUUUGAUUUACUUCAGCGUGGGACAUUUUCUACAGAGAUCGCUUGUUUUGGAGUAAUGCUUUACAAACCUAAAUAACACCAACGAGAAGUGCAUUUCAACGCAAUCCAGUGCUCAUAAUAACAUCCAAAGGUAGUUCUAUGCUGCCGGUGUUGAUGGGCCAGUGUUGCCCACAGCUGUGUGAAUGAGCUGUCUCGGCCCAUCCUCCUCGCCCAGCUGCCGUGGCAUGGCUUCUCUCAGGAUGAUGAAGUCAUGGCGUUUGCUUCUCCUGUGGGUUAUUCUUGCUCAGCUCCCUUUGGCCCACUCACGUCCCGCAGUAACCGAACAAGUGCCCCAUUUGCCAAACCAUCGCUGGUCUUCUGUUCCACCACCAGUCCGAACAGAGGUGAAAAUGGAGCUGUACACAUUGUUCCCCGGGGAGCGUUUGGUGCUACAGUGCUUGGCUCAAGACGAGAUCCCAGCCGUAGGCCUAGGGGUCAUCUGGACUAAAGACCACGCUACAGUGCUGAAUGGAGACCACAUGCGGGUGAACGGGGGCCAGCUGGAGAUCGGGUCAGUGGAGCUGACAGACUCAGGGCUUUACUCCUGCACUGUCCACAGCUUAUUCGGCAACCACUCUGACUAUUUCAUCAUUAACGUGACAGGUCACGCAGUGGCGUCUUCUGAGGAUGAGGACGACGAUGAGUCAUCGUCAGAAGAGAACAAGCCGUCAAGUAGCCAGGAGCUCUUACCGAUGGCGCCUCAUUGGGCCCAGCCUGAAAAGAUGGAAAAGAAGCUUCACGCCGUACCGGCCAGCAAAACGGUGAAAUUCCGAUGCCAAGCCGAGGGAAACCCGAUGCCGAAACUACGCUGGCUUAAGAAUGGAAAGGAGUUCAAAAGAGACCAGCGCAUCGGGGGCUACAAGCUGCGGGAACACAUGUGGACCAUAAUCAUGGAGUCCGUGGUCCCCUCAGACAAGGGCAACUACACGUGCCUGGUGGAGAACGAAUACGGAAGCAUCAAUCACACCUAUCAGCUGGAUGUUGUGGAGCGAUCGCCGCACAGGCCCAUCCUGUACGCUGGUCUCCCUGCAAACCGAACAGCUGUGGUCGGCAGUGACGUAGAGUUUGUCUGCAAGGUGUUCAGCGAUCCCCAGCCUCACAUUCAGUGGCUCAAACACAUACUCGUGAACGGAAGCAAACUGGGACCUGAUGGACUCCCUUACGUACGCGUCCUAAAGACGGCUGGCCUCAACACCACCGACAAGGAGAUGGAGGUGCUCCAGUUGAGGAAUGUGUCCUUUGAGGAUGCUGGGGAGUAUACUUGCUUGGCAGGCAAUUCAAUUGGGAUCUCCCAUCAUUCAGCUUGGUUGACCGUUGUCAAAGCCCCAACAGCUCCCUCUGCAGUCCCUAGUCAGUCCUACCUGGAGGUGCUGAUCUACUGCGUUGGAUUCUUCCUCAUUUUCCUCAUGGUUGGAAUCGCCACUAUCGUCAAAGUCCGCAGCUCCUCCAAAAAGAGCGACUUCAACAGCCAGCUGGCUGUCCAUAAGCUGGCCAAAAGCAUUCCUCUCCGCAGACAGGUGUCGGUAGAAUCCAGUUCCUCUCUGAACUCUGGUGUUAUGUUGGUCCGACCUUCACGACUCUCCUCCAGCGGGACGCCCAUGCUGUCAGGGGUGUCUGAGUACGAGCUGCCCCAGGACCCGUGCUGGGAGGUGCCCCGAGAGAGGUUGGUACUUGGGAAACCUCUAGGCGAAGGCUGCUUUGGUCAGGUGGUGAUGGGCGAAGCCAUUGGACUGGACAAAGACAAGCCCAACCGCAUAACUAAAGUUGCAGUGAAGAUGCUGAAAUCUGACGCCACUGAGAAGGACCUUUCUGACCUCAUCUCAGAGAUGGAGAUGAUGAAGAUGAUUGGCAAACACAAGAACAUCAUCAACCUGCUCGGAGCUUGUACCCAGGAUGGCCCUCUUUACGUCAUCGUGGAAUACGCCUCUAAAGGAAACCUGCGGGAAUAUCUGCGUGCCCGUCGACCACAUGGCAUGGAGUACUGUUACAAUCCCGACCAGGUGCCAGUGGAGAGCAUGUCUAUUAAAGACUUGGUCUCUUGUGCCUACCAGGUGGCUCGUGGCAUGGAGUACUUGGCAUCCAAAAAGUGUAUCCACAGAGACUUGGCAGCACGCAACGUACUUGUUACAGAGGACAAUGUAAUGAAGAUAGCAGACUUCGGUCUGGCCCGAGAUGUCCAUCACAUAGAUUACUACAAGAAGACUACAAAUGGCCGGCUGCCUGUCAAAUGGAUGGCACCUGAGGCUUUGUUUGACAGGAUUUACACACAUCAAAGUGACGUGUGGUCUUUUGGGGUUCUUCUGUGGGAAAUCUUCACUCUGGGGGGCUCGCCUUAUCCAGGAGUGCCUGUGGAAGAGCUCUUCAAGCUACUGCGAGAAGGUCAUCGCAUGGACAGACCCUCAGCCUGCACUCAGGAGAUAUACCUGAUGAUGAAAGACUGCUGGCAUGCGGUUCCCACACAGAGGCCAACUUUUAAACAGCUGGUAGAAGAUCUUGAUCGCACUCUGUCCAUGAUAUCCAAUCAGGAGUAUCUGGACCUCUCGGUUCCCUUGGAGCCCAUGUACUCUCAGGUCAUCCUGAACGAACGAAGUUCCACCUGCUCUUCCGAGCCGGACUCAGUCUUUUUAAGAGAAUCUGCACCCGAAGAACCCUGCAUCCCUCCGACAGUCCCCCCACAACAAACUGUACGAUCCUUCAAAAAACGCUGAGAGUAGAGAACGCCUGGACCUCCAUGUAUGUUCAUAGAGGAUCUCUCUACACCCUUCUGCUUUCUUAGUCUCAUAAACUCUGCAGGCUCAGAGACUGAAGAGUUCAGCCUGGCCCGUUCUAGCACAGAAACGCAAGCAGGAGGAAACGUUUAUACCAGCAGGCUCUCAAAAACAAGACUGAACGGAACAAAGAGUCUCAUGUGGGGAAACUAUCAAACUGUUGUCCAUGGAUUGAGGGAUCAAUCCUCUCAAAUAAGAUGUUCAAAAAGCAUCACAGGAGGAUAAAAUGGUUGUCAAGGCCAACAAAAGUCAAUGGGGUGGAGAAAUAAUUUCAAGUAUUACCCAGUAGAGUAUGCUGGCUUUGUAAAUUGUACAAAUAUGAAAUUAUAUAAACAAUAUGGUUCUAUAUUACUUUUAUAAUUAUUAUUAUUAUUUUUGUAUGAGCUUGUUUAUUCCCUUUUUUGUUCAAACAUGAUCCCCAACAUUGUGUCCAGCAGUGACAAGCAGCAUUUCAUCGUUGCUUGGUUUCUAUUACUGCAGUAAUGAAAUCCCAAUGGUCCAAAAUCAUAGGAUAUUAUAUUAAGAAUGAAGUGUGUAAGAUGUUCAAAUACUUUGUUGCAUCUCAGUGAUAGGUUGAUUACCUGAUAAUUAUAAACACUAUUGCACUCUCAAAACAUUUAUAUGCUUGAUCCUGACCUGCUCAACAUAGCAAUAUUGGCUUGACCAAUAGCUUGAAUUUGGGGGGGACUAUCUGUUUGUUCGACCAAUGGCAGAUCGGAGUAAAUGUUUAAGAGACCUGUUGGAAAACAGUUGUUAUUUUAUGCCGUUUGGCAAUGCUAUUCGUGCAGAAAUUAGACAAUUCACAUUUAAACGUCAAAUAUGUUCUGACUAGUUGUGAUUGUUUUGCAUUUUCUCUUUCAAUGUGGAAAAAUUAAUAACUUAUGGUUUGAAAUGUCAUCUCGUGCCUGUUUAGAGGAUCGCAUAGAUUAUGGGAGACUGUUGAAAUAAGCUACAAAUGAAAUCUGUUACUUAUUGCUUGCUGUUACGAUCGUAAGGUGUAAUUACCGUUUGUUUGAUGUCUUGAAUCACUAAAUUCAAGUUGAAUUUAGGGGUUGAGGGGUCGACCGAUAUGUGUGUUUCAGGGCCGAUUAUUACAGACCGAUAACCGAUAUUUUGAACCAAUAUACAUGUCUGGUGUACAAAAUUAAUGUCAAAAUUAAGAAUAACAUGGGCUCUAAUAAAAGCAUUUUUAAAUCUGUUUUGGAAAUGACCGAUAAAAAUGCCAAAAAAAAAUCUGUGCCGAUAAUCAUCCAGGCCAAUAAUCGGUUGACCCCCAGUGUGAAUGAAUGUUUAGUAACUAUUAAUAUGAAACAGCUGGAAUAUGGUGGUUGACAAUCUGUUAGCACCUGUUUUAAAGCAUAGCAUGUCUGUAGCUUCUUCAUUAUUUUAAGAUGAAUUCUCAAACAGGGUUUGUUUAUAUGACAGGAUUGUGAGGAACAGUGCAAAUUACUUCUCGAAUAGAGUUUUGAUGCUUGUGUGAUUGUUUAUGUAUGUCCUGAUGUGAAUUUCGAGGCUGUGGCCAUGCACUUAUAUUCAGGCUUUCAAUAAGCUGACUGAUAUUGCCUUUCCUGUGGGAAUAUAAA